UAGAUGUAGUCAAGUAGUCAACCCAACCACACCUUUAGCUUUUUCUUUCCUGAAAAGAUCCAAAUUGAUUCAUUGUUUAGCGUCAGAUUCAUUGAUCUUAAUCACCUGAUCAGAAAGGGAAAAAUAUCUAAUCAAAGAGAAUGGUUUCCUCAAUGAGAAAUGUAAUGGGAAAUGCUCUAAGAUUCUUGUAUGGCCAAUGCUUCCAGCCUUCCGCCGCCGAUGAUUCUCUCGGCCACCACGGCGUCACCACCGACAACCUUGGCGUUUCAGCCUUAGCCCACGAUCUCUACAACUUUGAAAUUACCUCCCAGGUUCCUCAACGACUCAGUCAGCAUGUUGUCUCAACCAAGAAAACUCAGGCUAACUGGUAUAAGAAACUUGCUAAUGCAUGGAGAAAAUCAAAACCGCCGCCAAAAACACCGGAAGAAGCUUCAAGGCUAGUAAUUCAGACCUUGAAGAAACUUCAGAAGGCUGAUGUUGAGGGAUUAUUGGCCUUUUAUGGCCUUCCACUACCUCAGACCCUGGUUGAGCUUUCUCAUGGCGCUCCUCAGUCGGAUCCGGCAGGACUCAAGUUUGAAUUGCACACCAUCGCGGUGGAUGCAAAAGCUGUGGCAGAUGGAGAUACCAUAACGGUAUAUGUUAACACUUCUGAUCCUAGGGAGUUGUCAAAUAUUCCUAGAAAAGUGCAAGCUGCUGUUGUUCAACGAUCUGAAGCUCGCGCCCAGCGAAAUUAUGAAAGGGCAGAUGAACUGCACCAACAAAUUAUUGAUUCAGGAUAUAGGGUCAUACCAGUUCAAAAUGAACAGAUUCUUGCACGAAAAUAUCGAAUAAGAUUAAGGGGAAUCGAUGCACCAGAGGGCGAAAUGCCAUAUGGACAAGAAGCAAAGGAAGAACUGACUAAAAUUGUUGAUAACAAGUGUUUAAGAGUUCUGGUUUUUGAUGAAGAUCGUUAUGGUCGCUCUGUGGGAGACAUAUAUUGCAAUGGCAUAUUUGUACAGGAAGUGAUGCUUAAAAAGGGGUUAGCAUGGCAUUAUAAAGCCUAUGACAAGCGUCCGGAAUUAGAUAAGUGGGAAAGGGAGGCAAGAGCAAAGCAAGUUGGGCUAUGGGCAGCGCCCAACCCAGAAAUGCCAUGGGAAUGGAGGAAGGACAGGCGUGAAGGCAGAUGAUCUUGAGUAGAUUUUGCCAAAUUCAGGGCAAACCUUGCGGGAUUGAUUCUGAUGUACUCAGCUGUUGUAACUUUUUCAAUUUAAGGAUUAUAAUGUAGUAAUCUUGGCAAUCUAGUGGUUGAUAGACCAAAUGUACGUAAAGAACUUGUUUGAAUGAAGGUCUAACUCUGGUUUUUUACUUUGCUAA